GAUUAUCUCAACGCUGUACGGUGGUCAACGGAGGCAGUUCAUGUGACAUCGAAUUCCCCACGGCCCUGUUCGUAGCUCCGUGACGUCAAGUUGACGCCACAAUUGACAUACUACAUUAUGCACAUCGACAUGGAACUUCAAGUGCCAAUACGCCCUCACCGACAGUGAUGAGUGUUUAUCAGACAACCUCAGCGGAGCUAACCGAGUAACAGUGACCGUUACAUUACUAGUGUCUUUGAACUUAGGGAAAUUGCUGAUGAAAGUUUACAUCCACACAAGGUGCAAAGGCGAUUCACGAAAGGGAUAGCUGCAACAACGGGACUGGAACCACGUUCAGCAGGCCCCCUUUGCAGACUAAGCGGUUAGGGAAAAUUUGUUCUGAAACAUAAGCGAUGCAUAGUAUGCAGUGCAUGACUACUACCUGUUGACGUAACUAUUACGGCACGGUCCACUUUGUGCUGUCCUUGCGUUUUCAUAGGAAACACCAAUCAGGCAACUAAUGAGACACGUUUACAAUAAAACUUCUUCUGAAUUGGUAAAGGGGUUAUUUGUUGGAUGUAAAACACUAACUUCGAAAUCGUCAAUCCUUAUUUCGAUGACUCGUACACCGGAAUCAAGGUAAGAAUGGUGAAGCUGCUUUCUUUUUUGUGAUGUGACGCCGCAAAUCACGUCGUGGUGAAAAUGGAAAACUCGAGUCUUGUGACCGAUGAGAGUGCCACUUUGAACAGGACAUUUCCUAUCGGUGUCACGGACGACUUUGAUUCACCGAGGAAGUAUUCCCUACUUGUGCAGUACUGGGCCCUCGUGGUCGGUAUACCAGUGGACACCCUGGGCUUUUUAGGGAAUCUUAUGACCAUCAUCGUGGUGGCUAAAACGCCGGUUCUCAGGACACCCACUAACCUUUUCAUCAUCAGCCUGAGCGUGUCGGACCUCUUGUAUUGUACCAUCGUGCUGCCAGUUCUCCUGACGACAUUCUACCGCAACGCCUGGGUCUUUGGCCCGGUCUUCUGCCGGAUUCACCCCUUGCUCAUGGUCACCUUCGUCGGGGCAACUAUCAUGUCCCUAGCCGGUACCGCCUUCGGGCGCUGCCUCAAAAUCACCCAGUCGCCGCUUUAUGGUAAACUGUUCACCAUCAAGUGGCGGGCAACCGUCAUGAUACUGGUGUGUUGGCUCUUACCGUUAAUAUUUCUCCUCCCGCCCAUCACGGGGGUCUGGGGAGACCUGGGCUACGAGCCAAAGACCCUAACCUGCACCUUUCUCCGCGGAGGGAGUAAUUCCGGCUACAGUAUGUUCUUCAUGAUAUCCGCGCUGAUCAUCCCGACAUUCUCGAUAACUUUCUGCUACCUGAAAAUCCUACAGACCGUCUGUGCUAACCACAAGCGCGUCCGGAAGAUGAGGGUAGUGCCGGCGGACGAGGUGUCGACCGCCACGGAGACUGGGGCCAUGGGUUCGAUCAAACGACAGCGGAGGAUGGCUUACCGGGAGGACAUCCAAUACACCAAGAUGAUGCUGUGCAUCUUCCUGGUCUUUAUUGUCUGCUACGUGCCCUACAUGAUGGCGACCCUGGUGGACCCACAGGUAAAGAACAUGACCUUCCACUUCUUCUGCGGGUCGUGUGUGUGGUUCAGCAGCUGUCUCAACCCCAUCGUAUACGUGAUAAUGAACAAACACUUCAGGCAGGCCUGCGUUAAGCUCUUGCCGGCCACCAUGCGGGGUCGUGAAGUGACGGAAGUUGUUGGCUUGUAGACAUGUAUAAUCUCUUGCGACGUCAAAGCCACAUAAUGUAUUUUUCUUCGUUUUUGAAAACCCUAACAACGGAGCACUACGCGCAUAUGCAAAGACCCAAGCGGAGCGUGUCGAGCUGAGAAAAGAACAUUUAGUUUGAAUGAAUGACUGGUAAUUUACUAUAAUGAGGUUUGCUCUCUUCUUGCCUGUCACAAAUGCCCGAGUGCCCCUCAAGUUCAGGCGAGUGAUAUUGAGAAUUAUUUACUCGUGUGGUUUACAAGCGCGUAAUUAAGAUCCAAACUCAGUGUCAAUCUCGGCCUACCCUAAAAGCCAGUCGAGCAAAACAGUUUCUGCCGGUGUUUACGUGUUUUCCAACCCACCCUUUCAUUGCAUCCAAUGCAGCUUAAGACAUUAGGCCUAUUUAUAGAAACUACGGACUUCGUUUACGAAGGCAUUCAUUCUCGGUGAUACAAUAUCGAAUCGCUUUGUUCAGCAUGAAUGUAUAUAUACCUGCUUGUUACUGUAAGCCUUAUAUGGAUGGAUUUGAAUGAAUUUAUAUUGUAUAAAAAUUGUAAUAUAAUAAAAUGUGAUGCAACAAAUGAAUGCUGACAGAUAGGCAGGGUACAAGAGAGAGCUGUCUCAACCUCAGCGUGUAUAUACGUGCAAGUGAACAAACACUUCAGACAGGCCUGCGCCAAGUUCCUGCUCUGCGAGGUUGUGAAGUGACGGGAUUUGUUGCUUAGACGUUCAUAUCUCUUGCGGCGUCAAAGCCACGUUAUGUAUUUUUUUUCGUUUUAAAAUACCGAAACAAGCGAGUACCACUAUGAAAAUGUAAAUUUCCGUCAAAUCUGCUGGCAAUAUCACGGAUGAAAUUUACAACUCGCGAGGCUGCCACGGUAAAAUGGCUGUUUGUAUUCAAUAGCAGCAAAAAGAGAUGUUAAUUAACAAUCAUUGUUUUACAAAUGAAUUCAAGACAGCCAUUCCAUGUCCGCAAUUUUCAAUAAACAAUAGUUUGGGUUCAUUUUUGUUAUCCUUCCCACCCAAAAAGGAUCCCUAAAUUGUUGAGUGUCCGUUGGUAACUGAAGUAUUUUUCACAGCAGUAACACCGGGGCACAUUUAUAAUCCUAUUUAGAAUAAUUUGUUUUUCAAAACGUAAACCAGAUACUUUUCUUAAAGAUUGAACGGCAAUGAAUAUUUGCACAAGAUAGUUUCUGCCUGGCGUUAACUUUUGGUUCCCGAGCCUUUUUACCCACGUCUCAAAAAAAAAAAUUAACAGCAACCCUAACGUCUUGAGGCCUCAACGGCAGGUUUAAUUGCAUGUAUGGACACAAUCCUUAUACCUGAGCCAUUAUUAAGGGACAGCUAUUGCAGGUGGCCACGGUAGUUUUUAAAAAGAACCAUCUGAAAGGGAUCUUAUUUCUUUCCAUUUGACGUAAAAAUCGCCUGCAUGGGACAAAACCGAAAGGAAUGUGCCGACAUCAGCAUAAGUUCCCUGCAAAACAGCACCUUACUGGUUUACCAUGCACACAUGCACAGAAAACAGACGAAUCAUUGAAUUACCGCUCGAUAUUUUAUACUGUGUUGACAAUUCCAUUUCUGUCCAACUCCCUUACACGGUAAAAACCCAACGCCCAUAUAUAAAUGCGUCUCGGCGUUAAUUGUAAGUAUGUAACCGUUUGAAACACAUAUUUGGAAAUAAACACGUUUCAGUGUCAAAGUAUACCGCCCGAUAAACGUGUUUUGAGUCCUUUUUUUUGGAACACCCAACACGUCUUUG